UUCGAGAAAAAAUAUGCUGCGCUUACCAACGGAAGCCAACGAGCUCACGGUGGACGACCUCUGGUACCAAGACGCAGACCACUUGCUCGGCGACGCGCCGCCGAAUCUCACGAGCCAUGAGUGCUCACCAAUCACAUACGUGGCCAUGGGCGGCAAGAAGAGCAAGAAGAGCGGACGCAAGAAGCAACGUCUGUCGAACGGCCUGUCGAACGGCCAGCCGAAGGACCUCCGGAACGGCCAGCACAAGUCGUCCAACGUCGAGAUGCAAUCAAGCCAGCUGGACGCGACGGCCGAGGCCUCGACGCCGACCGCUGCGCCGCCGACGUUCGCCGCGUGGAUUCAAAACAUGACGAUCCGCGAAAACAUCCUCUUUGGCAAGCCGUACGACCGCAAAAAGUACGCUGCUGUCAUUGACGCCUGCGCGUUGACAAAAGAUCUCGCCGCUUUCCCCGCCGGCGACCGCACCGAGAUUGGCCAGAAGGGCGUCAACCUCAGCGGCGGCCAGAAAGCGCGCAUUGCGCUCGCCCGCGCGUGCUACAACGACGGCGACGUGUUCAUUUUGGACUCGCCCUUGUCCGCGGUGGACGCGAUCGUCUCGAAUGAGAUUUUCACCAAGUGCUUUCUCGGCCUCUUGUCCAAGAAGACGGUGCUGCUCGUGACGCACAACCCCGAGAUCAUUGCGUCCAAGCACAUCGACCGUACGAUUGAGAUCAGCAACGGCAUCUGCAAGCAAACUGUCAACACGGCCAAAGAAGCCUUCGACUCGGCCCUUUCACCGCUCGCCGCGCACCCGAUCAUGUCGUACACCAACGAUGACGACGACGACAAUGACGUGAUGGAUGACGUGACCACGAUCUCGAAUGUCGCGCCGCACUUGCUCUCGCCGUCGCUGCGGUCGCCGUACGUGCCCGGUGGCUUUCACGAGAUGGUGUACACGCCCCGGCAGAACGCCGACGGCACCUUUGAAGAGCCGCUCGUCCACGGCAAACUCGUCGACGAAGAGUUUCGCUCCGAAGGCCGCGUCUCAUCCAACGUCUUUGGCGCGUACUUUCGCGCGGCCGGUGGGUGGCCGGUCGUCGUGCUUCUGCUCUGCGUCCAGUCGACAUGGCAGGGCCUCGCGGUCUGCGGUGACCUCUGGCUCAGCAAGUGGUCGGCGUCGUCGGCCGUCGAGUCGCCCGACGUCUUCCAGGCCAACGCCGCGUGGAACGUCGGUGUGUACGCGUGCUUUUCGCUCGGGAGCGCGUCGAUCGUCAUGGUGCGCAUCCUCAGCGUCGGCUUCGCGGGUCGGAAGGCGUCCCGCGCGCUCUUUGACCAAAUGACGUCGGCUCUCCUCGCCGCCCCGAUGAAGUUCUUCGACACGAAUCCAACCGGCCGCAUUUUGAACCGGUUCGCGGGCGACUUUAACGCACUCGACGUCGGCGUGCCCUUCUCGUUCAUGUUUGUACUCGCUACGUUCUUCAUCGUGCUCUUUGCGAUGGGCACGACGAUCGUGGUCGUCCGGUCGCUGAGUUUUUUCAUUUUGCCGCUGUUUUACGUCUACUACCGCGUCGGGAGCUUUUACCUCCAACCGGCCCGCGAGAUUGAGCGCCUCGGGAAGGUCACGUACUCGCCCAUGAUCAACUUGAUCUCGGAAGCGAUCGACGGCGCGGUCGUCAUCCGCGCGUUUGGCGCCAAACAAGAGCGCCGCUUCCAGCGUCUUCACCACCGCAAUGUCAACCGGUACAACGAGUCGGUGUACGCCAAGCAGAUCGUCGAGCUCUGGUUCAUGCUCCAGAACCAGCUCCUCUCGGCCAGCAUGAUCCUCGUCAUCUCGCUCUCGCUUGUCUACGCGCGCGUGUACUUGACGCCCGGUCUUGUCGGCCUCGUCUUCAACUAUGCGCUCAACGUGCCGCUCAACCUCCAGUACCUCAUCCAAGACGCGUCCGAGAUUGAAAAGAACAUGGUGUCCCCCGAGCGCAUCAUCGAGUACACGCAGAUCCCACCGGAGGCGCCGCGUGUGAUUCCUGGCGCCGUCUCGACGCAGUCGUGGCCGUCGCAGGGCGCGAUUACGUUCAACAACGUCAGCUUCCGCUACAAGGAGAACGACCCGCUCGUGCUCAAGGACGUUUGCGUCGCGCUUCGGGGCCGGGAAAAGGUCGGCAUCGUCGGUCGCACGGGGGCUGGCAAGUCGAGCUUGACCAUGGCGCUCUUCCGCAUCAACGAGCUCGCGGCCGGGUCCAUCUCGAUCGACGGUGUCAACUGCGCAUCGGUCGGGCUCAAGACGCUCCGCGAAAGCAUUGCGAUCAUUCCGCAAAACCCGGUCCUCUUCAAGGGCACGCUCCGCCAAUAUCUCGACCCGUUUGACCAGUUUCAAGACGACGACCUCUGGAAUGUGCUGCGCAAGGUCAACUUGGUCGAACGCACCGAGAAGGACGGCUUGAGCAGCGACGUCGAGGAGAACGGCGAGAACUUUAGCGUCGGCGAGCGCCAAAUGCUGUGCAUGGCGCGUGCGCUCCUCUUGCGCGCCAAGGUCGUCGUCAUGGACGAAGCGACGGCGGCCAUGGACCACGCGACGGACCAGAAGCUCCAGCAUGUGAUUCGCACCGAGUUUGCCGACUCGACGGUCCUCACGAUCGCCCACCGUCUCGACACGGUUUUGGACUGCAACCGGAUCCUCGUGUUUGACCACGGCCGCCUCGUCCAGUGCGACAGCCCAAGCACCCUCAUUGCCCAAGGCGACGGCAUCUUCUUUGAGCUCUGCAGUGAAGGCGGCUACCUCGACAAGAUUCAAUCAACGGGCCAGUAGAGAUCGAGUAGAAAAAGGAAAGACCCAAUUAAUAUACAUGUUUUGUGCUGAGACACACAGCAAAAUGUAUGAAUUUGGUGGGUACGAUAACAUUUAAAACUCAAAAUUCACUUUCUU